AUGUCGUCUUCGUCUACCGUGCAUAUCAACGCCGAGGAUGCCGACGCCGAUGACAACGAGCUCGUCGUCAAGGAGAAUGGAGAGUAUAAAAUGCUCACUGUCGACCCGUCAUUCCGGAGCGGCGCCAUCUACGUGCAGAUGAUGAAGGACAACAAUAAGAACGAGCACGAGAACCAGUUGAUCGCCCUGUACGAGAAGCAAGAUACCCAUUGGUCCGACCCAGCAAUCAUGCACGAGAUCAAGAUCGCGCUCAAAUCCAGCCUUAACAAGAAGCUCGCGAGCUUGGAUGCUGAUCAGUGGAUGUUCGGGGGCGAGCGUAAGUAG